AUGACAGAGCCUGCAAAUCCAGAAAAGGUAUAAAAUUAAAGAACUCGAAUGAUUGGCAACUAUGCGAUAGGGAAAACUCUUGGGUUUGGAACAUUUGGGAAAGUGAAGAUGGCCAUCCACGAAUAAUCAGGAGAGAAAGUGGCUAUCAAAAUAUUAGAGAAGGAUAGAAUAGUAGAGACAGCAGAUGUGGAGAGAGUUCAGAGAGAGAUUCACAUUCUGAAAUUAGUUCGACAUCCACAUAUAAUUUAAUUAUAUGAAAUAAUUGAGACUCCAAAGCAUAUCUUUUUGGUAAUGGAAAUGGUGAAUGGAGGUGAACUAUUUGAUUACAUAGUGAAAAAUACAAAGUUGGAGGAAGUGGAAGCUUGCAAAUUAUUUUAAGAACUUAUUGCAGGAAUAGAAUACUUGCAUAAGAUUAGAGUUGUGCAUAGAGAUUUGAAACCAGAAAAUUUAUUACUUGAUAAAGGGAAGAACCUCAAAAUUGUUGAUUUCGGAUUAUCAAAUACAUACAAGAAUGAAGAAUUAUUGAAGACAGCAUGUGGCAGUCCUUGCUACGCUGCUCCUGAAAUGAUCGCUGGUAAGAAGUAUCAAGGAUUGCGAGUGGAUCUUUGGAGUUCAGGAGUUAUACUAUUUGCUUGUUUGUGUGGGUAUCUCCCCUUUGAAGAUCAAAAUACAUCCGCCUUAUACAAAAAGAUCUUAAGUGGCACUUAUUAAAUGCCAUCUCAUUUGUCAAAGGAUGCCUAGUCUAUGAUUACUGGCAUUCUAACUGUGGAUCCUGAAAAGAGGUUCACUAUUGAAACAAUACACAAUCAUCCUUGGUUUAAAAUAUAUAGUCGAUCCUAUGAAAUUCCCCCAGGAAUAGUUGUAGGGUACAAUAGAAUUCCAGUAGAUUAAGAUAUCUUAAAGUAUUUAAAAUCCUUUGGGAUUGACAUAGAUUACGCUUAAAAAUGUCUAGAUGCAAAUAAACACAAUGAUAUUACCACAUUCUAUCAUCUGUUAUUAAAGAGACAUUUGACGAAUGGAGGCAGAUCCACUGCUGAUCUGAACUCUGAGUCUUUUGAUAUUAGAUUACUAGAACCAAAGUAAAGACCCAAUAAAGCUCCAAUAAACUCAUUAGUGAACAAUGAGAUAAUUAAAUAGUAGAUGAGAGAUGAAAUAAUCAAAUAGAGGUCGUAUUCUAAUGAUAAAGAUAGAGGAAGGAUUAUUAAGACAACAGAACAGAAUAAUAAAAUAUUAGCUGAUAAUGAUUAGAGUGUGAAUCGUGUAGGGAGAAAUGGAUAAGCAUCAAGUGUUCAGACUAGAUAGAAAGAUGAGAAUUAUUUUGAUCAAUCUCCCAAUAUCAAAAAGCAUAACAGCAAAAUACCAACAACAAAUAUCCUAAAUAACAUUUAUGGAACAAAAACAAAAAAUAACAACAUAGCCUCUACUGAACACAGAAAUAGGGAUGAGGGUAAGAAAGUAAGUUCAAGAAAUAAAAAGGAGUUAGAUAUGACCAAUCCUCAUAGAAAUACUAAUAGAGAAUUUCAGUAGAUCAAUAGAAUUCUUUAGAGUGGAGGCAGAUCCCAGAAUCAUAAAAAGGAGAGAGUUUAUGUUACCAAUUAGAAUAAUUAAUCCUUUGAUGCCCCUUAGAAUUUAAAUUAGUCAGGUAAACAGAAAAUCUAUCAUAUUCAAAAGUUUGGAUAUUAUGAAUGA